CGAGUUGGGGGAGCUUUCAAGUUUUACAAUCCACGUGACUCCGGGUAGGCACGUGGUGAAAGCAUCCCCUCUUUCGGCGUCGUUCCCCACCACGGCACGCCCCGUGGCCUAUCGUGACCCGGCUGUGAACCAGGACCCUCCCAGGACCGCCCAGGCCAAGUCGUGUCGAGAUCCUGCUCAAAAGGUCACUAGUAGAGACCAGAGUGUGCCCAACUAUUGACCUGUAACCUCCGUGUCUGUGGCUACGUGCUAACCGCUCAAGACGGUGACUGCUGAGCCCCAGGUGACCUAGCCGGUGAUGUGCAGUGCGUGAGUGCCGAAUCAUGGCUCUGGUAGCCAGCUCGUGGCGCGAAUCCUCCUUGGUCAAUCCCAUCCAGACGGGUCUUAACUCUAUACCAAAUGGAUUGAAUGCUCUUCCUUCGGCGACCAACCUGAACACUUUGCCGCCGCCGCCGACAGCCCAGGGUCUCAACCCUAUCGGACUGGAGACCUCCGAUCUCGGCCUCGUCAAAUGCCAGACACCCUCCCAAAAUUCGCAGACCAGUGUGGCCAGCGCGGAUAUCAAAAACCAAAAUAUCGAGUGCGUUGUAUGUGGCGACAAAAGUUCAGGAAAACACUACGGCCAGUUCACUUGUGAAGGUUGCAAAUCGUUCUUCAAAAGGAGCGUACGUAGAAAUUUAACCUAUUCCUGUAGAGGUAGCAGAAAUUGUCCAAUAGAUCAACACCACCGCAAUCAGUGUCAAUAUUGCCGUCUCAAGAAAUGCAUGAAAAUGGGGAUGAGAAGAGAAGCCGUCCAACGAGGAAGAGUACCUCCUUCUCAGCCAGCGCUUCCUGGACUUUCUAAUCAGUUCUUGAACUCGACAGACUCAGUAACAACGUCUUUAAGCAAUCACACAUACCUCAGUAGUUACAUAUCCUUGUUGCUACGUGCAGAACCAUACCCCACGAGUAGGUAUGGGCAGUGUAUACAAGCGAACAAUAUUAUGGGUAUCGACAAUAUUUGUGAAUUAGCGGCGAGGUUGCUGUUUUCCGCGGUUGAGUGGGCUCGGAAUAUACCAUUCUUUCCAGAUCUACAAGUAACCGAUCAGGUGGCCCUGCUGAGGUUAGUCUGGUCUGAACUGUUUGUGUUAAAUGCCAGUCAGUGUUCGAUGCCCCUUCAUGUUGCGCCACUGAUCGCUGCCGCUGGACUACACGCAUCCCCGAUGUGUGCCGAUAGGGUUGUACAGUUCAUGGAUCACAUUAGGAUAUUUCAGGAGCAAGUGGAGAAGCUGAAAGCUCUGCAUGUGGAUUCUGCUGAGUACUCUUGUCUAAAAGCCAUAGUUCUCUUCACUACAGAUGCCUGCGGCCUCAGCGAUGUCGCCCAUAUAGAAUCCAUCCAAGAGAAGUCCCAGUGUGCCCUAGAAGAAUACUGCAGAUCUCAGUAUCCUAAUCAGCCGACAAGAUUCGGAAAGUUGCUGUUGAGGCUUCCGAGUCUUAGGACAGUUAGUUCCGCAGUCAUAGAACAAUUGUUUUUCGUUAGGCUUGUAGGAAAAACGCCGAUUGAAACACUCAUAAGAGACAUGCUUCUGUCAGGCAGCAGUUUUUCCUGGCCGUACAUGUGAUACUUGAAGCUAUACUAGGUAUACUAGUCAACUUUUUUUUUCAUACGUGGGUGGUAUUCGCGAUUGUGCGAUAAAGUGCCAAAUAUUUUGCUCUACGAACGGACAUCUUGAGCAGAGUUAACUUCAGAGUGACAUAUCAGAACAACGGGUCAGAAAAAACCCUGAAAAUCACAUAUUUUCAAACAUAAUCUCCUAAAUGAUCGAAACAAAGACAUAUAUCAAAAUCGAAAAUUAUUCCACUCAAACUCAUUAAUCCUUCUUCCCUUUUUCUUCAGUAUUGCAGUACUUAAAGGAACAAUGAAUUAUUUUGGCCCAAACAUCGAACAAAAUUCCCCACUAGAGAAAAAAAACCCUUCAAUGUUAUCCUCUGACAAAACGUUCAUUUUAUAUCGAACUUUUCCUGAGUAUUGCAGUACUGUAAGGAGCAAUGAAAUAAGCAUAAAUUAUUCUUCCCCACUAAAGAAAGAAAGAUGGAUGUGUGAUUUCUAGAAACUUUCAAUGGUAUAUCCUUGAUAUUUUCAGAGUGGAAUCAGAUCAUCAUCACAAAUGGCCGAAUUGACUCUGUCAAAACAGAAAAUGUUCCUUUUUAUAUCGAAUCAAAUGAAAACUUUUAUUUUAAAUUUAUCAUUAUUGUGUAUUAUUAGUCCACUUAUACAUAUUUUAUUGGCAAAUUGUACCAUAUGUAUAUAUUAUUAUAGUUACGAAACCUCAUGAAGUUUUUGAUUUUCGAAACUUGCCAUCGCGUGAGAUAAAUUAUUUAUACAUCAAUGAAAUGCUUUAUGAAUUUCUACUUGUUGAUAGAUUUCUCGAUUACGAAAUAUCGAACUGUUUAUAGCAUACCCUAAUUAUUUGACGAAAUUGUAUUUCGAUAUUUUGUUUCGGAUAACUCGGCAUUUCUUCGCUGGUGUCAUAAUAUGUUUAGUCAAUUUUUGUUUUUUUUAUGAUUUUUGGUUAUUUGUUAUAGGUUGUUAUGAUGUUGUUAUGAUUGUAAUAUUGUCCUGAUUCACUGAUGUCUGUAUAUGAAUAUACAUAUUUAAAUUUAGGUGGCCAGUUGAUCUUAUACUCAGAUUCACCAUAACUUCGUACAAUAUUCAGAAUAUUGGAAGUAAGUGAAUGAUUUUUUUCACGUUUUAAGUUUAAACAAGAAUUUUAUCACACACUGGAGAAGAUGGUUCAAAGGUGAUAUGGUAAGGAAUACAUACGUUGGUAAUUCGAACAUGAAAUCAUUUCAGAAAUGAAAACAUCUGUAUGUACUCGUUAUCUUUACUUGUACCGGUAAUUCGAUAACGAAUUUGAAAACUUAUCGAAUUGUUCCUAUACUUGACUUUUUUAGAAGUACCUGUCGAAUGCUUCAGUUCAAAGAUUGUGUCAUAAAAUGAUUGAUGCUUUCGAAUUUUGACUGAUGUUUAAAUCGUAAGAGACCAGUAAAAUUUCGAAUACAUAUUUGUUAGUUCUAGUGCAAUUUAUAUAUACUCGAUUCCUAGUUUUUUUUUUAUAACCAGGUUUUCCAAAUAUGUAAGUUAUUCUAGGAGAAAUCGAAGGUCAACGAAUAACAGAAUUAAUGAUUUCUUCCAAUUGUAAAGAUUUGUACAUAUCUAGAGAGUUAAUAAACAUGACUGUAUUUAUAA